AUGGACUUUGAGUGCAGAAACGGAGCGCAGGCGCGGGCGGAGGCGGACACAGGCGUGAGCGAAGGGCCUCCAAAGCGGCCCGACCCUUCCCAGGGCAGAGAUACCUGCUGGACAAAGAUCUUUCCAGCCGCUCUCCUUGUGGUGGCCAAGAAUUGGAAAAUGGGGGAUGGCCAUCACCAGGGUAAUGGCCAGAGCAAGUCGGGGAGGAAUGCGAGAUCUGGGCUGCUUCAGCAGAGUGCUCAGCAGAUCCAUGCCACAGAAAAGGUUCUUGUCCUUCCCCACAAGGGGAACACAGGAGACCAGGUGAUGGCAGCUGUUCUCCUGACAGCCAGGUCUCAGGAGUUGGUGACAUUUGAGGAUGUGGCUGUGUAUCUCUCAAAGGAGGAAUGGGGGCUACUGGACCCUGCUCAGAGGAGGCUCUACAGGGACGUGAUGCUGGAGAAUUAUGGGAAUGUGGCCUCGUUGGGAGUUCCAGUUUCCAAACCUGACUUGAUAUCCCAGCUGGAACAACCAGAUCUGUCAUCGGUACCAGAUCUCCCCCAAACUGAAAUCGAAGACCUCUUUGAUGAGAAAUUAGACAUUAACUUCAUUAUGUCUUCCAAACGCCCAUCUGAUGAUAGCGGGCCUUCGGAGAAAAAAAUCCAGCGCAAAUCUAUCUCUUUGGAAAAGAAAAUAGAGAUCAUCAAGCGAGUAGAAGCUGGAGAGAUGAAGAGCGAAGUGGCUCGUUCAUUUGGCCUGGCACAGUCGACCUUAAAGUCCAUUUUAAACCAAGCAGACAGAGUGAAGGCCUCUGUGCACAAUUCCAGUAACCUCACUGCUGCCAAGGUGACUCGAAUCCGAAGUAGUGUCAUGGAGAAAAUGGAGAACAUGUUAAGUAUCUGGGUAGACAACAUGGUGCAGCAUCACAUGCCACUGAGCCAGGCAUUGAUCAUGCAGAAGGCGUUGAGUUUAUUUGAUCAUUUGAAAGCACAGACAGGUGAGGAAUCCGGCAAAACUUUUGUGGCUUCCCGGGGAUGGUUUGAGAAGUUCAAAAAGCGAAAUAAAAUUAAUAGCAUUCGCGUCAUGGGGGAGAAUUCCAAUGCUGAUAUUAAAGCAGCAGCAGAAUUUCCUGCAGUGCUCAAGGCUGCUGUUGCGAGAGGAAACUAUUCUCCGAAUUUAGUUUUCAAUGUGGGUGAAUCAGGGCUAUUCUGGAAACGCUUGCCUUCCAGAACUUUCCUUUCCCAAGAAGAGAAGGAGCCUGCAAGCAUUAAGGUUGCUAAAGACCGGUUAACCAUUCUGCUAGGUAGCAAUGCCUCAGGCAACAUUAAGUUGAAGCCUCUCCUGGUCUACCACUCUGAGACACCUAAGCACAUGAGAGGUUUUUCUAAACUUAAUCUGCCUGUUAUCUGGAAGUCACACAGGAAGGCCUGGAUGACAGUGGACAUAUUUAAUGACUGGAUCAUUAAUCAUUUUUGUCCCGUUGUUCAGUGUUAUUGCACAGAGUACGGAUUUGAACCCAAAGCACUGUUAGUCUUAGAUAGUUCCAUGGGCAGCCUUUCCAAUUUUGAUUCGCUCCAGACCUGUAUUCCCAUCGAGGUCUUGUUUCUUCCACCAAAUACAGCCUCCCUUUUGCAGCCCAUGGACCAGGGUGUCUUUGCGGUAUUUAAAGCUUACUACUUGCGGUGCGCAUUUGGUCAGCUGCUCGAGGCUAAUAAUAGUAAUAAGCAACGUUCGGUCAGGGAAGUUUGGAGGGAUUACAACAUUAUGAAGGCGAUUGACAGCAUCAGAAUAGCCUGGGCAGAAGUGAAUAGCCAUUGCCUAAGUGGGGUUUGGCGAAAGGUAUGGCCCGAUUUAGCAAAUAGUUUCUUUGAGGUAGAGUCAGAAAUUUUGGCCAUUACCACAGAGGUUGCACAUUUGGCAAAGCUAGUAGGCUUUGAGGAGGUCACCCUCGACGAUGUACAGGAGCUGUUGGAGAGCCCUGGGGAUGCACCAGAUGAGGAAUCACAGGGGUCACCUGACCAAGGCUUCGUGGAGGAAAAAGUCAACAACAGGGAUGACAGCAAGGAAGCUGGCCCAGGGAGAGCAUUAACGACAAAGGUUCUGUCCGACUGCUUGGCCGAGGUCUCGCAUGCAUUGGAAGUUUUGUCAGAGAAUGAUCCUGACUGUGAGCGAAGCUGUUCAGUGAAGCGGACUGUUUUACAGGCUAUGGACUGCUACUCAGAGAUGCUCCGGGACAAAAAGAAGGCACGCCCCACUAACUUGGAAGUCUUCCUGAUGAAACCCAGCCCUCGGCCACAAGAGUCUCAGCCAGGUCCAUCUGCCACCCUAUGCAACUCGUGGCCCCAUAGCUAG